AUGUCUAGCAUAAAUACUUUAAGGCCUAUAAUAUGUCCAUCAAUUUUAAAUUCCGAUCUGUCUAAACUUGCGGACGAAUGUCGAAGCUUAUUGCAAUUUGGAGCUGAUUAUCUCCAUCUUGACGUGAUGGAUGGUCAAUUUGUGCCCAAUUUAACAUUUGGACAUCCGGUCAUUGAUUGUUUGCGACGAAAUCUAGGAUCAGAACCAUUUUUUGACGUCCAUAUGAUGGUUGUUAAUCCGGAGCAGUGGGUGGAACCGAUGAAAAAGGCUGGUGCAAGCCAAUUUGUGUUUCACGUGGAAGCUGUGGAGUCUGAUAAAAGCUGCCAGAUGCUUAUUGACAGAAUUAAACGUUCUGGCAUGAAGGUUGGUGUAGCAAUAAAACCAGGUACGCCAAUAGAGAAGAUAGAGACACUUAUUGGAAUGGAUAUGAUUCUAGUAAUGACCGUUGAACCUGGAUUUGGAGGUCAAAAGUUCAUGUCAGAUAUGAUGGAGAAAGUUCGGAUUCUUCGUUCUACACAUCCAUUCUUAAAUAUUCAAGUUGAUGGUGGUGUUAAUUUGGAUAAUGUGGAUAUUUGCGCAAAAGCUGGUGCUAAUGUAAUCGUGUCAGGAACAGGGAUUCUUAAAACUCCCAAUCCAGCAAAAGCAAUCGCUGAAAUGCGUGAAAAGGUAUCAGCAGCUUUAAAGUAA